AUGCCAGGCUCAGUCCACUCCCAAGAACCCCAAGAAAACGACCAGUCCAUGAUGGACGCCGAGCCUGAAGUUACCGAUCCCAUCCUUCUAGACGAGAAGCGCAUCGUCGUGCUCCCCGGCUCCUCCGAAACAGCCGCCUCCUUCCAAUUCGAAGGCGAAGGCCACACAAUGGGCAAUGCCCUCCGUUACGCCAUCAUGAAAAACCCCGCUGUGGAAUUCUGUGGUUAUACCAUCCCCCAUCCGUCCGACGCGAAGAUGCAUCUCCGUAUCCAGACUACGGACUCUACGACUGCGCUGGAGGCGCUGGAGAAGGGAUUUAAUGAUUUGAUCGAUUUGUGUGAUGUUGUGACUGAGAAGUUUACGGAGGGGAGGGAUUCUUUUAAUGCUGAGCGUGGCAAUCGCAUGGAGGCUUAG